AUACAAUGCUGCAGUCGCUAAAUAAGAGUUGCAUAUUCCGUGCGGACUGCUGAGUGAGCUUAUUCAUUGUAUGGAAGUUGAUUAUGACGUCAUCAUCUACUUUAUUCGAACAUUUGAAAUAUCUGUCUGAGGAGGUAUACGUCAGGAAAAGAGGGAAGAAUACGGAAUCAAGUUCAGUAAAAUUUCCAAACAUUUGUAUAUUGCAUGCAAAAGUCCAAGAUGUUUAGGAGGAGCAAAUAAUUCAACAACAUGUAACGGAACCGUAAAUGUUUUCAAAAGUUUGAAUAGAAAAUCUCAGGACAAGUUUUAUUUGAGGAAUUAUGAGGCCGGAAUUCACCGGUGAUAUUCGUAUCUAUCACGAUCAACAUCAGCUAAAAUAAGCUUUCCCUUCGAUGAUUUGCACUUUAUGUCAUCCUCAGCUCGAGAAUUUUUUAAAUGACAGGAGAUUUGUUCUUAAUUUGUUAGAGAUAUAUAUUGGAUAUUGCACGAGGACUACUCAUGUAGCAACGAGUUGAAAACCGCGGACAAAAAUAUAUCUACGAUGCGAAUCGAUGACUAGAUUGAAUCGAGAAUGGCCGGAGACAGUGUUACCUCGUUUAAUACAAGGAACUCUCCAACUCGUCAACGAGCACGACGUUCAAUCCGCAAAUGCUGCUGUACAAAGCUUCAGUUCCGAGCAUCCUGCAUCCUCUUCGUCAGUAUAAGUCUAAUCUUCGCCUCUGAAUCAUUCGGUGUUGCCAGCUAUCUGGUAUUUAUAGGUUCGGUUGGAAUCUUCUUCGGGAUCUUCCUCAUCCUGCUCGAUUUCGCGCUGUUCUUGCAGACUAACUCAGAGCGACGUCGUCGACGGUUUGGACAAAGUGACGAGGAGGACGCUGGUGGUGAUACCCCGAUAUGGACGACAUCGGUGUAUGAUAGAGGGCGUAGUCUAUCGUUUGCCUCUCCUCCCCCUGACUACCAAACUACCAUCCAGCAACCAGAUGCCUUCCCCUUAUACCUCCAAGAUGGCGUACCUAUGACGUCACUGAGUGUAUCCAUAGUUGUGGAGAAUGAUGGAUGUGUAAACGAAGAGGAGGAUAAACUACCAUCAUAUUCAGAGAUCAUGGAAGAUAGGACUGCAGAUCCAUCAUCUUAAAAAAUCGCUGGAUUAUUAUUUUU